UUGUAUUCAAAGGUCUUUCCGAAAAAUUAUUGCUUUUUUCUCCAACACCUUGGCAUAAAGACUUUUCAUAUAUAUAUUUAUAUAUAUAUUAGGGCGGUCAAACGAUUAAGAUAUUUAAUCGUGAUUAAUCACAUUGUUCAUAUAUAACUCAAAACUAAUCGCGAUGAUCGCAGAUAGGUAUAAUUUUUCAUCAUUAAUAAGUGAACCCUAGACCAGGGGUCGGCAACCCGCGGCUCCGGAGCCGCAUGCGGCUUCUUGAACACUGAUGCGGUUCAGCUGCAGAGUUAGGGAUACAUGGGAUUCUGGGUAUUUGUUCUGUUGUGUUUAUGUUGUGUUACGGUGCGGAUGUUCUCCCGAAAUGUGUUUGUCAUUCUUGUUUGGUGUGGGUUCACAGUGUGGCGCAUAUUAGUAAGAGGGUUAAUGUUGUUUAAACGGGCACCCUCAGUGUGACCUGUAUGGCUGUUGAACAAGUAUGCCUUGCAGUCACUUGAGUAUGUCUGCAGAAACCGCAUACAACAUGUGACUGGGCUGGCAAGCUGUUUGUACAGGUUGUAGAUGGCGCUAAAGGCAGUGCCAUCAUAGCACGCGCUUAUUAUUGUCGUUUGGGUGAAAAUCAGCAGACAUUCGAGAGAAUAGUUGCUCUGAAAUUCGGGAGUCUCCCGGAAAAAUUGGGAGGGUUGGCAAAUGUGAUGCUGUCAAGCGGCAUUCAUAUAAAACUCGCGGGCCUCACUAACAUUACAUUUUCAUAUUAAGGUGCGGGCCGCGUGUCUGAGACCCCAUGGUUUAUACAUAGCACAAAGCAAAACAAACUUUGUUGUGUUAUUUCAUUUUAUAUUUCAAAAGAGUUUUGUGGCUCCCAUUGUUUUCUUUAUUUUGUGGAAUGGGUCAAAAUGGCUCUUUGAGUGGUAAAGGUUGCCGACCCCUGCCCUAGACAGAUCAUUUUCAGGGGGUGUGCCUUUACAAUAUAUUGCUGCAUGACAAUGUUUUAACCUCUAUUAAUUAAUCAAAUGUAAUAUUGAGCCUGCUAAUCAUUCUGUAUUUGAGGACUCAACCAGAACAUGUUAUAAAACAAUUUACACAAUAUUUCAGCCAGAUAGAACCGGCAGAAUUUUUAUUUAUUCAUUUUUUUAGAGAUUCCUCCAAUCCUUUUAGUUAAUUUUUCUGAAAUAAAUAUGACUUUCAACAAAUCUAGCAUUUUUGUUGGUGUUAUUGGUGACUGUACUCGUGUUUAGACACUCUGUUUAAAUAUUGUCCUGCCAUGUCCGUGACGAACAGCGAGCUGCAGAGAGUCUGACGUCACAUUUGGUUCGCGUUGCUGGGAGCCUUUCUCUCAUUAAACGCCGCCAGCGCCAUCUUAAAUUGUGGAGAUCACCGUCCCAGAGUAUGUCAUGAAUAUAUUAAAGUAUUUUCAGAAAGCCCCGUGUGUAUGACUGGUGUUAAUGUGUAUGUUAGUGUGUUAUGGUGGUAUUUUUUCCCAUGGUCUGUGAACACACCUUGUCGGAGGAGACUAAAGAAGUGUUGUGUGUCUAAAAGUGAAGCACGGAGGCAGACGUGUGUGCACGGAGGAAAUACUUGUUAGAAUUCGGCCCGUUGUUAGCAUCAAAUUGGUCAUAAAGCUAAAAAGAAAGUCAGACUUUGUUUACUUCUGGAUGCUACAAUACAUUAUAUUACUUCAUUUUGUCAGGUGUGGUGGCUAAUAUGAAGCCUGUACAUUAAGGAGAAACCCUAAAUGUAGUUUAACCGGGUGAAUAGCGUAGUGCUUUUAUUUUGAAGCCGGAAGUGUGUAAUUGUUUUGAGAACGUGUCUUGACAUGUUUUGAUGUCGGAUCAACUGUGUGCAAUACAAAAAAGUCUCCUUUCAACAUCCUGCCGAUUGUCUUUUAUUUCUGUAGAGCUUUUAUGUCAUCUUACUUACUAAAUCAGUCACAGUAACAAUCUAAAUGUUGUUAUCACUGCACCUUAACAGUAAUCUGAACACGGAAGUGAAGCACCACCCACAUCUGAACGACCCACUAACGACGGAUCCCUCAGAUCAGCUAUGCGUCGACAGCUCCGGAGUUGAGUGACGACCGGCGCUAUGACUUCUUCUCAAGAGUGGUUCCUCCAGAUUCCUUUCAGGCCCAGGCCAUGGUGGAUAUAAUUCGAGCGCUGGGAUGGAGUUACGUCUCCACCAUCGCUUCAGAAGGCAGCUAUGGAGAGAAAGGAGUGGAGGCUUUCACACAGCUCUCCAAAGAAGCAGGAUCACGGGGUGGAAUCUGCAUCGCCCAGUCUUUGAAAAUUCCUCACAACCCCAAGCUGGAGGAUUACGACAAAGCCAUUCAACAACUACUGGAAACCCAACACUCCAGGGCAGUCAUCAUCUUUGCCAAUGAAGAAGACAUACGGGGAGUUCUGAAUGCCACUAAAAGGGCCAAUCACGGGGGCCAUUUCCUCUGGAUUGGAUCUGACAGCUGGGGGACCAAAAGCAGCCCCAUCCACCAGCUCGAGGAUGUAGCAGUGGGAGCCAUCACCAUACUGCCCAAGCGCUCCUCUAUCAAAGGGUUUGAUGAAUACUUCACCGCACUCACGCUAGAGAACAAUCGAAGGAACGUUUGGUUUGCUGAAUUCUGGGAGGAUAAUUUUAACUGCAGGCUUCUCAGUACGUCCAAGAAAGAAGACACCACUCGUAAAUGCACAGGCCAAGAGCGCAUCGGGAUCGACUCCAAGUAUGAGCAGGAAGGAAAAGUGCAGUUUGUGAUUGAUGCGGUGUACGCCAUGGCCCACGCGCUGCACAACAUGCAGAGGGACCUGUGUCCCGACCAUCCUGGCGUUUGUCCACAAAUGGAGUCUGCUGAGGGCAAAAUUUUGCUCAAGUACAUCCGGAAUUCCAACUUCAACGGCAGUGCUGCCACCCCGGUGGUCUUCAAUAAGAACGGUGAUGCUCCAGGACGCUAUGACCUGUUCCAGUUCCAGAUGACCAACUCCUCCAUGCCCGAGUAUAAGGGGGUAGGACAGUGGGUGGAGACCCUCCAGCUCAGGCUGGAGGAGCUUCAGUGGCCCGAUGGCGAGCAGGAGGUGCCCAUCUCUGUGUGCAGUCUGCCUUGUAAGACCGGAGAGAGGAAGAAGAGGGUCAAGGGAAUGCCAUGCUGCUGGCACUGUGAGCUCUGUGAUGGCUACCAGUACCAGUAUGACGAAACCUCCUGCAGACUGUGUGCAUAUAACAUGAGGCCCGACCCGAACAGAACUGCCUGCCAGCCCAUCCCUAUCAUCAAGCUGGAGUGGCACUCCCCCUGGGCAGUCAUCCCCGUCUUCCUGGCCAUGCUCGGAAUCAUUGCCACCAUUUUCGUCAUGGCUACAUUUGUGCGCUACAAUGACACACCAAUUGUGCGCGCAUCGGGCCGAGAGCUGAGCUACGUGCUGCUGACCGGCAUCUUUCUGUGUUACAUCAUAACCUUUCUCAUGAUCGCCAAGCCUGAUGUAGGCGUAUGCGCCUUCAGGAGGAUCUUCCUGGGUCUGGGUAUGUGCAUCAGCUACGCAGCGCUGCUCACCAAGACCAACCGCAUUUAUCGGAUUUUCGAGCAAGGAAAGCAGACGGUCACAGCCCCCCGCUUCAUCAGCCCAACCUCUCAAAUCGCCAUCACUUCCAGUUUGAUCUGCGUCCAGCUGCUGGGUGUGCUCGUGUGGUUUGCCGUGGACCCUCCCAACACCAUUAUAGACUAUGAUGAGCAGAAAACCAUUAACCCCAUGCUGGCCCGUGGCGUACUGAAGUGUGACAUUACUGACCUCCAGAUCAUCUGCUCACUGGGCUACAGCAUCCUGCUGAUGGUGACCUGCACCAUCUACGCCAUCAAGACCAGAGACGUACCAGAAGACUUCAACGAAGCCAAACCCAUCGGCUUCACCAUGUACACCACCUGUAUCGUCUGGCUGGCCUUCAUCCCUAUUUUCUUUGGCACGGCCCAGUCUGCUGAGAAGCUCUACAUUCAGACAACUACCCUUACCAUCUCCAUGAACCUGAGUGCCUCAGUAGCACUGGGCAUGCUCUACAUGCCCAAGGUGUACAUCAUUAUCUUCCACCCUGAGCUCAACGUACAGAAGAGGAAACGUAGCUUCAAGGCGGUGGUCACAGCCGCUACGAUGUCAUCACGUCUGUCCCAGAAGCCCAGUGAAAGACCCAAUGGAGAAGCCAAGACUGAGCUGUGUGAGAACCCUGCCACUGACCCCAUGAGUCAAGCAACCAAGAAGACAUACGUGAGCUACAACAACCUCAGGAUCUGAUGUGCCGGAGGGGAGAAACACUGCUUGUAUGUCAUUUGUGAUUGAAAAGAAUGCUAGAGAAGCUACAGAGAAAGGGGAGACGAGUGCAGGCAUCCCAGCACUACCUGCAGCACCAGUGCACUCAUAACGGGAUGGUGGACCGCAUCCCACCCCCAUCCAGACUUGAAAGAGACUAGCGGUGCUGUGGGCUGCUGAGGCCUCCUGUUGAAGCAAAGUGUUGAAGUUAUUGACCUGGCCGACUCUGGCGGAGAACAAGCCGCCCGCUAAAAGGGUCACCAAGGACAGUGGAUCUGCUUUCAAGAUACUUUCUUUUAAAAUGUCAUUAAAGCCAUAUUCUCUUGGGGUUCUCAUUAUCUGAUUUCUCUCCUGUACUGUUUCUGAGUGAUUUUUCUUCUGUGCCUCUAUUGCUCCAAGUACAUCAAAUUACCUUGAACAGCGAGCUCUGCCACACACAAUAGUUUUCUUUGCCACAAAUCAACUUGAAGGAAAAAAGUCAGUCCCAUACGGCAAGUAUAUUUGAGUGAUGGGCGUUGUACGUACAUAUAUUUUUUUUGUAAAUAUUUGAGAGUAUUUUCAUGUUUGGAGUACAAAAAUAGAUAACAGUCAGUGUUCAGUGGGAGUUGGAUGGUUAAGAAAAGCACCACAAAGUGUUGACUUUGCAUGUGCCAAUGUAUGUCUGUUCUAUUUGAUGUAAGCAAAAACAAUUAAAAAAAAUAAAUGAUGAUAAUGAUAAUGAGCUUUGGCACUCCGACGCCUUGUUUUCUUUACCUGAACUCGUUCAAAGGACAGAAUAUGGCUUUAAUUUGGUGAUGGAUUGACUCCCUCCUGUAUGUGCAAGCAUGUUUGUUUUUCGUAACCCUCCGUUCUGGUACCUAGCAACCUUGUGAGAAACUAUGAAUAUCAGAGGGAACGUGCAAGUUUGUUGUGAUGUCUGUCAAAUUAUGAACAUGUAAUAAAUGCGUU